GUACGCGGUGAAUUGGAUUAUUUAUGCACGCCCCUUAAGUCUCUGGCUCAAUUGUCUUGCGUAGAUAUUUCACAAGGAUGGUUGGUGGAUAUGCAGUCUUGCGCGAUAAGUCAGAAAAGACUAUCAAAUACAGGACUCCCAGGGGUAAAGAGGUUUGUUUGACAAGAGAAGUCUAUCUUCGGGAUGACAUACCAUGUAGAAGUUUGUCAUGCUCUCAAAUCGAGUGCCAUCAAGGUAGUUUGAAGCUAUAUUUGAUAACUUCAGGUGGACAUUGCUUACCAAAAGGCUUAAAAACCUAUGUUUUAAUUGAUGGGUUUUAUGCUCUAAACUACUGGGAACUAUUUGAGCUUGAAGACAUAAAGGGUGUUAUUGUUUCACUGUCGUCAGUGAAUUUCGUAUGAUGUUAUACCUUAGUGAUUUAAUGUUCUCAGGUUCAGCAACAGGCCUCGACGAAACGCCCAUACAAAAGAAUUCGUUCAAGCCUUGAAGAUGCCAGCCAAACAUGCAUUUUAUUCGAUAAUGAGUUUAAUCGCUCCUGUUUUCGUCCUCCUUUCGCAGACGAGAGCCUUAAAGAUUACACUACGAGGUUAGGGUGAUUUGUGUUAAACUUCUUGACAGGAUGAAUUGGGUUGCUGCUAACUGGUACAUACAUCACUUGAAAGGUCAUGUUUCACUAGUUUUCGUAACAGAUAACGAAAGUCGUGUCCACACUUAUUCAUCUGAAAUAAACACCACAUCGUGUAAAUUAACUGUAAGUUAUUAUACCAUCUUUUUAUAAUUAUCUUGGGCAGCCACGAGGAAAAUUCAGUCACAUUACUUCAUGUUUUUAGGGAUAGUCUUAUCAUAGAGAAAAAUGCAUUUCUACUUUCACGCCUAAUUAUUAGAUGCUCUCCCAGACUGUAAUAGUACCAACUCAUAAGUUAUGUUAGUUUGUGGCUCAAACACCACCUCCUCCUUUGUUUAGAAAUUUGAUCAGUUCAUUAUAGACAAAAGUUAUAGAAAUUAGACCUAAGGGUUUUAAGCCGUUGACUUCGGCAUCCUUGGUGUCAAAAUGAGUCUACAGAUUUGUCAACAAAAUAAUGAUUUAGUCGUGAGAUCUUGUUUCUAGCCGUAUCAUUAGUUACCGCUUCGUGUGAUUUUAGCUUGUCCUAGUAAAACGUAAACAUCUAAAGCUCACUCGUUUAGAUCCUUUCUGAACCUUGGGAUUCGACAUUCUUCCUAUGGUUUGCGUAUUAUUCUUUAUUUAGACGUCAAAGCGGAUGUUCCAGUUUUGAGUGAAGUCAGUUAAUCCAGAUACAUGGUUCGAUCUUUUGGAGUUGAUAACAUACUUGUCAAUAAUCCAUUCGGUAUUGCACUUUAAUACUGAAAACAUACCCUUCACCAGUGUCCUGAGUUAUAAUCCGCUAUCGGGUAUACGAAUUAUUGCAUACUAUUUGAUGGGCUUAAAAGUAAAUUUGUCUAUAAAUCAAGAGCUAUAUAGUCAGUUUAUCAUAGGUUUGCACCCAAUUUCUUACAUGUUGUAGGCUCCAACCAAUGAGAGUGCUUCGGGCUAUAGUGCUAAUCAGAUCAAGAACUUCGUAAUUUAGUACCAUAUUUUGUUUUAUUUUCUGCAAUAAAUUUUCCUAAUGAUUUUACCAUCCCCUAUCUCGCGUCAGGUAGGCAGUGACUGGGGACACUAACUGUUCUGUAUUCACUACCUCGUUUGUAUAACUUUCUAUAUAUAAAUGUAAACAGUCACCCUAAGCUCAGAAUAUUAGUGGUCUUUGGAAGAAAUUAUGGUCUGAUAUUUUUAUUAUUACUUAUUGGCUUCAAAAACCAUACCAAUACAUCAGAUUGAAGUGCAAUGUCUUUUUAUGAGUAGUUUUUGAUAGGCAACAUUCAGUGCUGUGAUAUAACGUGACGAUAACCAAAGCAAGACUGAAUUAUAAUAACUCGUCUGUUGAAGGAUACUCUAUCUCCAAAUACAACACACAAGGAAAGAAAUCAUAGAUUCUGUUCACUAGGCUUAAAUGUAUUUCAAUUGCAUUUAGCUAUAAGACUAGAUACAUUUUUCUUGUAGGGGUUAUUUCACUAUGAUUUUGCAUCCAUUAGUAAUUACUUAGUUAAUAAGCCUCCGUAAUUAAUAGUCACUAAAUUAAUACAUAACCGAGUCAUUUUUGGUUUACAGUUAAUCCCCAUUGAUUUUGUUCAAUAAAUUUUCUUAACGAAGUUUUUGUUUUGGAGUAGUGGUUGGGAGAUGAAGCUAGUAAAGCUGUUAAAUAUGGUAUCUCAGUUGUAUUUGGAGUUAUCACCGUUUAUCCUGCACCUGUAACAUCAGAACUAUUUACUUUUCGUUGAUCAAAGCCAGUGUCAGUAUUAUCGUCCAACUCACUGUUGAACGCGGUGAACAACAAUCUGGUUACAGAAGAACAUUUCACUUCGCAGCCUUCACUAUGGUCUCUGAUUUUAAGAGCAUAUUGCAUUAGUUCUUGUAACAUUAGCCUCCAGAUAUCUCUUUAAUGGUUAGGCAAAUUUACCACCAGUUCCUUCUUGUUUCCAUUCCAGUCACUGCGUAAAAUCUGGCGCAUAUACGCCCCCCUGAGUUGCUUGGUUGUUUGUCAUGAUCGUUACCUUAGACAAAAUCAUUAAAAGUCGUUGUGUAAAUCCGGACAAGAUAUACGAGCAAACAAUAUUAUCCCCGAUUAGAACAGGCGAAAAUUUAUCCCCUAUCUUAAACAAUAAGUAAACUAAUCAUAUUCUUCGAUCAGCUGGUACUUGCAUAUAUUUAUUUCAACGAGCUAUGAUUUUAAUUUUAUAAAUGUAUUUGUUUCAGGUCUUGGAUCUACCAGGGUUUUUACAGAUGUACUACCCCACGCUCACAACUGCCAAACUUUUGUUUGAUUCUUUGGAUGUAUCACUUCGUUCUAUCCAAUCCAAAGACCACAAUUUACCAGAGCUUUCAAAAUCAGAAAAUCCUUCAGAGUCUUUGGACUCGUACAUCAUGCCUUCAGGUCAGUUCGGGCUUAGCUUUCAUAUUAUUAUCAAAAACGAAAACAUGGUUAGUCAGGAUAAGCAAGGUCAAAUUAUUCAGCUAAGAUCUAGGAGAGAUAGUUUUCUGUUUAUGCUUGGGAGCAAAUUAUAUGGUUGUUCAAGUACAAACUUUAGCCGUUCACCUCUUCGAGUAAAAUUGUAUGUUAUAGGUAUUUUCUGGCAAUUCUAUUGUUCAUUUAGAGAGCGAGCAUCAUAUUUAGAAUUACCUUUUCUCAGUAUAAGUAUUUUUUCUUUCCAGCGCCUUCUAUUGGUCACGUAUAUCCGGAAUAUUUACCUGAAUCAGCUUUAGCUGCCGGUUUACGGUCUGGACAAUUUUUGAAGGGCAUUCUUCACGUGUCACGUUUUCGACCGACUACUGAGGCCACGGUAGCCUUAACAGAUGCUAGCGCAGUAAAGCACCAACCAGAACUUAAGGAAGCGUUGGCUGCACGGAGUGAGAUUAUGAUUCACGGGCUACAAAAUCGUAAUCGUGCUGUUGAUGGAGAUGUAGUCGUAGUACGUCUUUUACCCCGUGUUCAUUGGAAAACUGUUUCAUCCGAUAUUAGUGCUCAAGAAAACUGUGCAGCUGAAUUUGUAAGUGAUUCAUCAAAUAUAUCCGGAAGUAAACCCAAUCAGGAUUGUCUUAAUUCAGAAACAUUAUCAAGAAGUCUACCUUGUGGCUUUGUUGUUGGUGUUGUCAGUCGUAAUUGGCGUGAUUACGUCUGUACAUAUGUUCCUAAAUCUACUGAAAGUGCAUUAGAUCCGAAAAGUGAAAGUGGAUGGAUAAUAGUUACUCCAUGGGAUCGUCGUAUUCCUCUCAUUCGACUACAUACUACACAAAUUUCCAAGCUAACUCGUGAACGUUUCAUUGUACGAAUCGAUACGUGGGACUCGUAUUCAGCUUAUCCAAGUGGUCAUUUUGUUCAAACUCUAGGUUGCAUUGGCGAUUUGGAAACGGAAACACAAACCAUACUAAUUGAACAUAAUUUAAUUAUUCGAAAUUUUACUGAUGCACAGCUGAAUGAAUUAGCACCACUAAGUGUCCAACGCCCUUGGAAAGUUGAUCCCGAAGAAGUAAAGAAACGUCGAGAUCUUCGAUCGCCCACUAUUUCAGGAAAUCCAGAGUCCGAAGAUAUACUUAUCUUCAGUAUUGAUCCUCCUGGAUGUCAAGAUGUAGAUGAUGCUUUGUCCGUUCAAUGGUUACCACCUAUCGUCGAUGAAUAUGGAAAAGAACAUAAACGUUUGCAACUGGGAGUACACAUAGCUGAUGUUAGUUAUUUUGUUCCAUCUGGUAGUUAUAUUGAUAGUGAAGCUCGAAGACGUUCAACCAGUAUUUAUUUAGCUGAUCGUCGGUAUGACAUGUUACCAGGUUUGUUAAGCGGAGACUUAUGUUCUUUAUGGAGCGGGCGUGAUCGCUAUGCUGUUAGCGUAUUAUGGGAAAUAGAUAUGGAUUCAUUCGAUAUCUCAAAUAUAUGGUAUGGUCGUACGGUAAUCCAUUCAAGCUAUAAGUUAACCUAUGAACUUGCUCAACGCAUAUACGACUCAGUCACUGCAGAAAACAUUUCAUCGAAUAGCUUUGCAAUGGAAGAGCUUGUUAAGAAAUCAGGUGGAUUGGAAGCUGUUAAAAAUGAUAUACCUGAAUUAAAAGAAUUAAACCGGGAUGAAUGUUUAACUGCUUUGGACAAGCUUAGUAAAUCUAUUUUACUUUUGGUUGAUAUUGCCUCCAAUAUUCGUGAACGUCGACUUGCUAAAGGAGGUUUAGAACUUGAAAGUGUAGAAGUUAGUGUUCAAUUUGCCAAUCCUGAAACACGUACUGGAAAACUAGAGGAUUUGAUUCCAAAAGAGCCCCUUGAAAUGCACAAUACAGUAGCGGAGCUAAUGAUAUUUGCAAACCAUUGGGUUGCACGUCGAUGUGUAGAAUAUUAUCCUGAUCGCGCUUGUCUACGUCGACAUCCACCUCCGCGUCCGGAAUAUUUCGAUGAACUUAAACGCUGUAUAGCUUGUCGAGGUUUUGUUUUAGACACAAAUUCCAAUCUUUCACUUGCGAAUUCCUUAAAAAAUGCAUCAGAUCCUAAUGAUCCCGAGGUUAACAAGGUGGUACGUCAACUUGUUACACGUGCAAUGACAAAUGCACUAUAUUUCUCAACUGGUUCAUCAAAUAUGACACAAGAUCAGUUUUCCCAUUAUGGCUUAGCCCUUAAUUUGUAUACACAUUUCACAUCGCCUAUACGACGUUACGCUGAUAUAAUUGUUCAUCGCCUUCUGCUUGCUUCAUUAGGAGACUAUAGGUCACUGACAACAACACAAAGUGAACUCAACUCAAAAAAUACUGAAUUAGUCACAAUUUUAGAAAAUAAAACUGACGGGUUAUUCUCUUCUGAAGAAUUAGCUUCUAUUUGCAAUCAUAUGAACGAACAACACUGGGCUGCUCAGCAAGUUCAACGAUCCAGUUUAGAAUUAUUUCAAGCUUUGUUCUUUAAAGAUAAACCAGGUGAUGAUCCAUCUCGAUAUACAGAAGGAAUCAUUUGUCAGUUAAGAGGCACAAAUGGAUUUAUUGCCUUUGUUCCCCGAUACGGUAUCAGAGGUGCAGUUUGCAUAAAAAACGCGGAUGGUCACAUAGCAUGGGUUGAUCAUACAACAUCCGAUACUGGUAACAUUCAUUGGUUACAAGAUGUCCAAAACAUAGUGAUUGAACGUGUUCAUUCAUCCGAACGAUCAGAUUGUGGGGUUUUAGAAGUCCGCAACUCCAAAACUAAUGAAUAUCAACAGUAUCGUAUGUUUGAUCAUGUCUUAUUAAAAAUAUAUGUCAGUGAGACUAUUGCUCAUGGAUUAAAUAUACGAUUGGAACUUGUAGGUCUCCCUAAAACAACAAAUGAUUCUAGAGGUAAACUAAUAACGGCUCAUACAACAACAGAAAAUCAUUCAGUCUGUACACCGAGCUUGAAUACAAAAUUAAUAAAGGAUGUACAAGAUAUAGAUGCUGAAAGACGUCAAAAACGCGAAGUGAGUGAUCAGGAACAUGUUGAUGUUUCAAAACGCAAGCAGUUGAUUGCACAAUUACAUGAUUGUUCUUCAGUAUAUCACCGAUUUCAUAAACUUCUACGUCAGUCUAAUGAACAUGAGAUGGAAACUAACUGAUUUCUGAAUUUCUUGUCAUGCUUCAACUUCGUUUUGAUUAAAAAUAACUUUUCUGUUAAGUGGGGACCAAUUUCAUUGUAUAAAGUCACAUGAAUUUAGUACACUAUAUGGCUUGUUUAGUUAAAAAUGUUAUCCAUUUCUUUUACUAUAAAAUAUCGCACUUCAUUUGAAAGAUGAUUACAUCCGACUGGACUCUGCUGUAUAUGACUUUUUACAUGGCGUACUGAAAAAAUACAUGAUUCGUAAUGUGCUCUGAAAAAAACCGUCUUCAUGAACUCAGUGUCAAUUUAUAUUACCCGCUUUCCAAAAUGUUUACCUAGAUCGUCAGUGACUGAAGGAAAGCAUUAUAUGGGAUAAUAUAGUUUCUUAACAAUUUACUUGUUAGAUAAAUUUC